AUAACGCAGGCAGUCUCUCGACAGCACCCAUUUUCAUUUCAAAACCCGCAAAAAACUGCAAGUAACACCCGGUCACAACAUCAUCGCCAUCUCCCAACUCUUAGAUCCAACCCUUUUUUCUUCUUUCUUAUUCACAUUCUUUAUGUUUCUUUCAUUGAUGAAUCAAUAUUGGAUUAUUGUUUGAUUGAAUGGAGAGGUGGAAUAAGAAUUGUAAUGGGUAUAUUUGUGAUUAUCAAGACAAGAAUUAUAUUCACCACCCUGUUUCAAAGUUCGAUACGCUUGUUGGCAUCGCCAUCAAAUACGGAGUUGAGGUAGCGGAUAUUAAGAAGAUAAAUGGGUUGUCUACGGAUCUUCAAAUGUUUGGUCUCAACUCCCUUCAGAUUCCAUUGCCCGGGAAGCAUCCUCCUUCAUCUUCUUUGUCAAACGGCCGUGAAAAUCCACGGCGAAUCUCUUGUGGCCAGACCUCACAACAGCAAGCACAGCUAGAUCCAUUUGAUUCAUUCCAGUCACUUAGACUGAAGUUGUCUCCCGAAAGAAAGGUCACGCCAGCCAUGAGCUCUUUACAAGGUUACUAUGGACUUAAACCGACAGUUCAAAGACCCAUAUCAGAAGGUUUUGAGAUGAUGGUUUACAAGAAUGGAGAAGCUCGAAAUUUUGAGGAUUGUCAUUUACUCAAAUCCUUCCCAACUUCUAAUUCACCAUUGGACAAUAAUAGAAGAUCUAAAAGCUAUGUAAAUCUAGCUGACCCUGAUGAAACGGAUGAUUACAUUAAUGUUGCAGAUGUUAGAAAAAGUGAACCUGAUAAAAGGAUUAAGAAACUGGUAAGGAGGCGUCAAAAAUCUGAAGUCAACUUCGCUUCUCACACCCCGGAAAUGGUGUUGAAGGAGGAAGACAGUAGCGCAGAUGGGAUUCCAGCGAUUACAGGAAAGAGUUUAGCCCCAAGACCCAAAUCCGUGAACCGAGCUGCAUUGGUAGCAGAGGCUGCGAAAACUGGGUUGAGUCCUGUACCUUUUACAUUGGGAGAUUGUCUUCCGGGUGACCAACUUUCUGGAGUAAGGAAGUCAUCAAGUACAUCAAAUUUACAGGAUCAAACAUCCAUCUGGCCUACUUCAAAAUGGGAUCUACAGGCUCUUUCAACUGUGGCCAUCGCAAAACCAAUUUUGGAUGGAUUGCCAAACCCUAUAAGUGGUCGAAGAAACAAAACUGCACUCGAUUAAUUUUCAAAAAUUCAAUUGUUAAUGUUGAUCCUCAUUUUGUCAGGCCUCUAAUUCACAAUAUUUUUAGCUGGUAUAGUAAAAUAGAGAAAGAGUAGACAAGAGAACAGAAAGUCUAAUAGAUUACCUGGUUAUAUAUAAAAAAAAAUUUACAUAUACAAUUUAGUGAAUUUACUGUUUGUUUCACAUUAUAAUUCGUUACUUUUCUCUUCAUAAUAAUAUAUGGAACUGAAAGUGGUAA